UCAUCUCCCUGCUUUUUUAAACUUCUUUAAAGAUUGAGACAAUCGUGUGAGAUCUGAGACCUCAGCCAGCACCAACAGAGGCUGCUGGGAAGUAGGAGACUUUCGCCUACGUCAGGUGCAUUGCAGAUGACUGACAAUGUCCCUUGAGGGUGAGAUAGGUCACGUGUGUAUUUCCGAGUUUUCUGGAGUUCAAUGGUCCUCGGGUUGUCCUUUACAGUGUGUAGCAACUGAGGGCAGCUAUCAGGCCAGGAAGUAAUAAGGACCAGUGUGAAUAGAAAGCAGGCUGUGGACAUUCAAAUGUAGGUCUGUGGCUGGCUGUUUUUUUGUUUGUUUUUUUUUUUUAGAGGAAGAAAAAUAACGAGCAAACGACAAUCUUUCGCCUCGUGUCGUGGGGCGAGUUGGUGGCCAUUUCUUUCCUGUGCACGAGUUCGCCAACGAGUGAGUACGAGUAGACUUUUUCCAGGAAGACUGCAGCGAUUAUGAGCACAAGAUUACGAUGUGCUUGAGGAACAUAAAGUCGACAGCGACAUUCGCCGAGCAAAACAGGUCGUUGGUUCGAAUAACUAAGUGUACUUGAAGUGAGAUUUCUAGUUUCGUCGGCUUCAGCGACGUGAAAAUUUCUCUUAUCAACUCUUGAGUGUUGUCAAGAUGAGGUUCUUGAGCUGGAUGUGUAUCGUGUGUGUGGUGGUUGUUGUUGUGUGUGCUCGGCCACGCGAGUGGACGAGGAAGAGAACGCCAAGACAACCAGCUCCUCGACGACGAGAGAGUCAUCUGAACUGACGACGCCAAUGGCAUCGCUAGAUGAAAUCUGGGCACCUGGGAAUUCAUCUGUGGAUACAGAGUGCGAUACAGCGUAUGUAGACAAACACUUCAGAGGAGCGAAGAAAGAUUAUCGCCGGAAGCAGCCAGAGACGCUUCUGGAGGACGACCUGCACUUCCGGUGCGAGUUCGUGCCGUUUGGCGAUCGCAAGGACAUUGGCCGGACUGUCCUGCGUUUUGCGAUUCUCCGUGUGCCACACGCUGGCCAGGGAAAGAAUGGAAGGAGUUUACAGAAGCCAAAGGUUGCUGGCGAUACGAAAAAUCCCUCACGUGCUGCGGCAACCUCACCUACAUACCGGAAGUUCCAGACGAGUUCAUCUGCUUGAACUUCAGCAAAAACGCGCUGACGACUCUGGAUGUCAGGACGUUGGCAAACGUGACUGCCAAGCUGCAGGUGCUGGUGUUGAACAGCAACAACAUCUCCGUCAUCGAGGAGGAUGCGCUGGCCAAGCUGACGUCACUGACGCACUUUGAACUGGCGUACAACGCCUACAAGCCAGGUCUUGACCCUUCAAAUUUCACCACAGCCCUCAACCGGGCAGCUAACCUGACUUUGUUGGCCCUGAAUCUGACGAGGUUCUCCAGAAAAAAUGAUGUUAAGGAGUCGGGCUUGACGCAGGUUCUGCUGGGCCUUAACCUUACCAACCUCACCUACCUGUACGUGGACACUGGAUACGAAUACAACCUGAACCUGAGCCACCUGGCUCACCUGCCAGAGCUGCGCGUCUUCUCCAUGAUGUCGCACAGACUGGGCAGACUCACGUGCUGCACGUGCGAAUACAAUGCCAGCGUCACCGGAAGCGACCUCGACCAAAAUGGCGACCGUGUCCCAGACGAUGUUUCCCAGUAUUGUGAUAACCCCUGCAAGGACCCCGUCGACGAUGGUUCGACGGACGCACUAGCGCCGAGGGCGCGGAGGAUGUGCAAGGGCUCCGUGUUAAAAAAUCUCAUGAUCUUGGAUUUAGCUGACAACAGCUUGGUCCACAUUCCUUGUUUCUGUUGCUAUGACGACCAUGGCAACCUCAGCAGUUUGGUGCCGAAACUGGAAAGGUUGUCGCUGUCGGUGAAUGCUAUUCUCACGCCAACCGCCUACCAGAUGAAGUGUCUGGGGGAGCUGAAGAGCUUGGCGCUAACUGGGAAUCCUCUGAAAGUCAUUAAAUGGAGAGUCUUUCAAGCCCUUCCGAAGCUCUGCAUGCUGGACCUCAGGUUUACCAACGUGAUGUACGCGGAAAGCGAGGCUUUCAACCACAGCGCCCUCUGCUACCUGACCAUCCAGUCCAGCAACUGGUUCUUCGACCUCAACCACACAGCCAACAUGCACGCGGACCUCUUCCUCGGUUCCAAUUUGAGCUUCGUCGUCCUGUCCUACAACAACUUCAGGGACGUCGACCAGGCCAGACUGGAGAGGAUCCUAACACCACUGCAGACCGCCGAGUACCUGUACAUGUCUGAAAUCGGCCUGUCCGAGAUUCCCCCGAUCAUCCAAAAGAACUUCACCACACUCAAGGUCCUCGGCUUCAUGUCCAACAUCCUGACCGGGCUGAGUCCAGACACCUUCAACUACAUGGUAAACCUGCGGAAGGUGGAGCUGCAGGACAACCACCUCACCAUCAUCAACGUCAAGGCCAUAAAGUCGCUGCUGAAGCGCAAGGUCACCAUCGACAUGCAGGACAACCCCUUCUCCUGUUCCUGCGACCUCAGACUUUUCUUGGACGAGUUCCAGAUGUACCGGGGGAACCCCAGAGGACAGUGCAACUGGCGUGGAGAUCCAGCGGAAGCCUGCUUUGAAGGCACGGAGUACCUGUGCCAGUCACCCGAGAGUCUGAAGACGUUGCAUUUAGAUGAUGUCAUCAUCACGGAGCAGCAGUGUCUACUCACCUUCCAGCAGACCGUCGUCAUCCACGCGCUCUCCGGCAUCUUCAUCAUCGUCUUUCUCUUGAUGAUUGUUCUCUACAGGUACCGCUGGCAGUGGCGUUACUGGGUGUACAUGAUGAACGUCCGGUGGUCAAGACACUACGACGGCCCCUACAACCGACGUGCGCGCUACAACACCUUCGUGUCCUACUGCAAGGCAGACAGCAACUUCAUUCUGACGAGCGUGCUGCCCCAGGUGGAGCGCGGCAGACGCCUGCCUCUGUGCAUUCACGAGCGCGACUUCGAGCCUGGCAAGUACUUCACGCAAAACGUGGUGGAGCGGAUGGAGGAGAGCCGACAGGUGCUGAUCGUCCUCUCCAACGCCUUCCUGCGGAACGACUGGUGCCGCUUCGAGCUCUUCGUUGCCCACCGCUACGGUCUGAUCCACCGCCGCCUGCCGGUGACCGUCGUGCAGCUGGAGACGCUGCACAUGGAGUACAUGGACGCUCACGUCAUCACCCUUGCUGCAGGCCACACCCUGCCUGGAGUGGCCGGGGCCGGGUAGCACCACACACCUGCGAGACAUGUUCUGGCGCAAGCUGGCCGAGGCACUCAACCGGAACGUCAGGUGAUUGGUUACGUUCUCCUUUCUGACGACCUUUUGCAGACGAUGCGGGUGUUUGAUGGUCUGUUCUCUCCCGACUGGCUUGUGAACGAGCUGGUUGUCCUGUUCCUUCUCGAUGAUCUGUGGUAUCUGAUGGUCGGAUCGAGUGUUCUGGUAUGUGUUUUGGAUGGAUCUGAGACUUUCAUUUUCUUACCGAGUUGGGUGAGUUGCCGAUGACUAAACAGUUAUAAGUUUUAACUGUGCAUCGAAGAAAAACAACUUGGUUCGAUUCUUAUUACAGUAUACAUUAUUUUUUUAAAUACGUGUUUAAAGUUUUUUUUGUUUUGGUGGGGGUCUUGAGUUUUUUUUUCUGUGUUUUCUAAGCUCAUUAGUGAGGCAUUCAGGGUUACUCCUUACACAGCCUUGGGUUUGGGUUAGGCAUAUGCAAGACAUCCACAUCCCAAAUCGGUGGGAAAGUGAACUCGCUGUCCGGUCUGACCAUCUGACGGCCUGUCAUGUCACGAGGCUUAUGUCUUUCAGUUUCGAUCCGGCAAGGUGCGCCCACGGACCUUUUAGCACAGACUAACGGUGCACACUGAUAUCCACUGAGGUGAUGAGUACAUUAAAUCUUUGAAACGUUGUGCAACAGGCCACAGACAGACCAAGAACUUGGGAUAAUCAUGCGUUUUCCCCGCAGUGCCUUGAUCUUAAUGGUUGGUACUAGUUAACAGACAAUUGUGACAUCAUUUAACAGAUUUCAAGUGUACUAUAAAUCACAUUGACUUUGCCACCAGUCGUACAUCAUCAUCAUAAUCAUCAUCAUCAUUAUCAUCAUCCAUCAUCAAGUGGCGAGUGCACAGAAACUACAGCACCUCCUCGAAAAGAUUCUGAAGGGGCAAGAUCUUUUUUCACAUACCCCCCGCACAAUACUUGAGAUGUGAUUCUUCACAAAGUAAAAAAAAUAAAUAAAAAAGUAGAGGAAUCGACAGAGAGAACAAAUGACACAUGACAAAAGGGUUACAGAAUAAGCAAAAGUUAUAGCUCUUGAUUCAAAAAGAGGAAAAUGAAACACCACUUUACUACAAAAAAGUCACUAAUAAAUACAGGAGUUUUAUUUUGGCACACUGACUUGCAAGCCUUGAAAGUGAUUAAUAUAAUUAUAAAGUUUAUCUUAUUCUGAAUAUUAUAUAAUUUUUUUGUUGGGGUUAUUGGAUGAGAUAUUUUUCAGUAAGUUUUGUUUCUUGUUAAGAUUUGCUGUUAACACUAAAACCAGCAGCAUUGUUUAGAUGCUACCGCUGUGUAGGCGCAUGUGUGCAUGGCUGCACUCAAGCACCUCCUUUUGUUUUUUGGUAAUGUGCGAGUGCUAAUGUCUUUCACUGUCACUAUGGAGUUUGUCUCCCCACCCCUAAAGCCAAGCAUCUUCCAAGAACAUGACAAACUGUUCUGGUGAAUCAUAUUAAAUAAAUGGCUGUUAUUGGUUCAACGUGAUGACCUACUAAGACUAGCUAAGAUGCUGGGCGCUGAGACUGGAUCUGUAAUUUACUGUACCAGCAAAAUACAACCACAUUUUACUGAUAUAAAAUAAAAUACAACCACGUUUUACUGAUAAUGUCAACAAUUUAUCUCCCCUCCCCACCGUUCCUAUACACAGUCUGCAAGAUUUAUAAUGAAAUAAUCCAUUUUACAGUUUAGAAUUUCUUGCUCAACUGUAAAGUAAAUGUAUAUAUUUUUGUAAACUAUUUACAAGUUUGACUGAACUGUAUAAAAGUUAAUAAAUAAGAUAUUUCAUAGGGCAAGAGUGUAAUAAGAGACUAGUUGUCUCAAACGUCUGAUUGUGAGCAAACGAACCUUUCACAAGAUGUCUUAUUAUGAUUGCAAGGAAACAUGUUUACAACUGAACUCAGUUCUUGCACAAAUAACAAGGAUGUAGAAAUACUUCCUUGUUUUUAGCAGCUGAGAAAAUUUAAAAUUACUUAUUGUAUGAGCCAUCAUUCAUCUGCACUUUCAGUCAACAUGUUCUUGUCUAUUAGGGCAUGUUGAUCUUUAGUGAGCUGUGUAAGUUUCAGAAAUCUGAACAAGACUCACAGUGUUGCAAAGAAAGGAGGGAGGGUGAGAGGAAAUUAUUAGACACAGGUCUGGGAGUACUUUCUAGCUUGCAUUGAUCUGUGAAAAAGAUGUCUGUUAAAAUUGUUUGUUAAAAACAUAUGCUUGGUCAUACGAGGUUCAGCAAUGUACUGCGUGUGUGCACAUGUGCAUUUUAUCUUCAUACAUAAGAUCUAAAGCUUCUCUUUAGAAUAAAAAUGAAAUGUUUUGUUUGCAUUAUUCAUAAAUAAAGAGGACAGGAUUA